AUGGAGACAGAUAACAGAACCACCAUAUUAGACUUCAUCCUCCUUGGCAUCUCAAGCCAACAAGAAUGUGACACAUGGCUCUUUGCCAUUUUCUUGAUCAUGUAUGUCAUCACAGUGUUGGGAAAUCUUGUCAUUAUUUUGGCCAUCCGACGGGACCAUCAUCUCCUGCAUACACCAAUGUACUACUUCCUUAGCAAUCUGUCACUGGUAGAUAUAUGUUUCACAUCAACCACAGUGCCCAAAAUGUUGGCUGGUGAAUUCUCUGGAAAGAGGAGGAUCACAUAUGGUGGGUGCUUGUCUCAAAUGUACUUCUUUAUUGCUUUUGGCAUCACUGACAGCUUCCUCUUGGCCUCCAUGGCAUUGGAUCGCUAUGUGGCCAUCUGUCGACCCCUGCACUAUGCCACCACGAUGAGAAGACAUAUAUGCCACCUGUUAGUGACAACAUCUUGGCUGGCUUCUCACCUCCAUUCCCUCCUCCAUACACUGCUGAUGUCCCGUCUCUCUUUCUGUGCCUCCAACCAAGUUCCCCACUUUUUUUGUGAUGUCUUUCCACUGCUCAAAAUUUCUUGUUCCAACACAGCUCUGAAUACUCUGGUAGUACACUCAGAAGGUGCUUUCAUUGUCAAUGGAGCUCUGGUGGUGGUUGGCCUUUCCUAUGCACGCAUCCUGAUGACUAUAUUGAGAAUCCCUUCCGCCAAUGGAAAGAAGAAGACUUUUUCUACCUGUGGGUCCCACCUAAUAGUGGUUUCCUUAUUCUAUGGCACAGUCAUCUGGGUGUAUUUCCAGCCCUCAUCCAGUUUCUCACCUAAGAACGACACACUGGCAGCCAUCAUGUACACCAUGGUCACUCCUAUGCUCAACCCUUUCAUCUACACUCUGAGGAAUGACAGGAUGAAGAAGGCCCUGAGGAAGCUCUGA